AUGGAGUUUCCUGCUGCAUACACUAAAGACAAUGUUCUGCAAGCAGCCAUUGGUAUCUUUUUCGAAAACGGACAGUCUAAGUUUGGUUUUGCAAAUGAGAUGGAAUUUGACCUUGCAAACUUUAAAAUGGAGAAAGUGGAUGUCUUAAGAGAUAACGAUGGAAUCGAAAAUCCUUUUACCAUACAAGGGUAUUUUCAGUGUUACAAGCUCUCAAAAGCGCGCAUAUAUCUGAUGUCAAAAGACAAGACUAUCACUGAAGUGACCAACAGUGAGACAGAGGUAUGUGCGCUAUUUUUUGCACAUCGCGGUUUAUGCGUCAGAAAAAUAUGCCACACACAUUUGCGUGUGCAUGUCAUGGCAGGAAAACCGUUUGCUUUUUUUUAGAUUUGGAAAAUUUAAUACACAUAAAUUAUGUGCAAGAAAUGUACAAUAAAGCAAUUAGCGUUAUUUUAUAUAAAAAUUAAAUUAUAAUUAAAAAAUAAUUACAUAGAUUAUAUCUUUGAUCAUGUUUGCUUUUGUAUUUAAGGUGAAUGCUACAUCAAAUGAUUUUCCUGCUUGGGAUGAUUUUUUUGACGAAGAAAACCAAAGCACAAUGGGCGACAGUCCACAAAUUUCCUCUCCCAUUUUCAACGAACCUACUAGUAAAAGCCAGCUCAUUGGCACAUCGGAAGAAAGAGCUUCAUUUUUCACAGAACUUGAAGGCAAAGUGCGAAGAUCGGAAUUAGCAGAUCAAGAGAAGGCUCGUGAAAACGAAAGGCAGAAAAGAGAAGCAGAACGGCGUGAAGAACUCCGUUUAUCUCGGGAAGCAAGAGUUUUUCCUGAAGUAGAAAUAGAUGAUCCAAGCCACAUGUUAGUUAAUGUACGCCAUAUUUCUUUUGGUAUUGUAACAAGGUCUUUCAAAAAAGAAUGGUCAGUCUCUGCAGUAUAUGACUGGAUAGGUUCCUUGUCUGCUCAACCAGAGCAUUUUUCGUUGACGUGUGCAAUAACAAAGAAAUUAAUUUUUCCAGACGUUAAAUGUGAGACAGUACAAAGAACAACUCUUAAUAUGAGUGAGAGAGAAAUUCCAGUUCCACUAAGUGAAGAUGAAAAGGAAGUGUUUUUUUACGCGGGCAACUCAAGUCACUUUGAAGUUACCGAUGACACUGUCGUAACUAACACAAACUCGUUUGAACUGGAACAAGUAAGUAGUAUUCCGCCACAACAACUGCUAUCGGGGGAUGAAAAUGACAGUAGUCAAAGUUAUGACGCGGAAAUGUCGACAUACGGAAAACUUCAAGAUAUUCGCCAAACAGAACUGGACAAAAUGCAUGAGACAUGUAUUGCCCUCAUCGACAAGAAUCAGAUUGUCGAAGAAGUUCUCAAACUGUACGAGGAUGAAGCGUUGAUUAGAAAGAGAUUAUCUGUGAGCUUUGUUGAUGCCGUUGCAACUGGGAGUGGCCCUCAACGAGAAAUGUUUUCUUUAUUCUGGAAUUCCUUUUUGUCCGAAAAUGGCAUUGGCUAUAGUCAGUUUACCUUCCGUGUUCAUCCGCACUUCCCACUGGAGCGUUAUCCAAUUUUGGGAUGA